AUGGCGCCGUCCAUAUCCAUCGGCACCGCGGCGCCGUCCUCGUCGGUGGGCGUUAACAAGAAGAGCGCCGCCGGCGUGGACGAGGCGGAGCUCCUGCGGCGGAGGAACGCGGAGCUGGAGCGGGAGGUGGCGGCGCUGCGGCUGGAGCUGGGCGCGGCGCGGCGGCGCGCCGAGACGGCGGAGGAGGCCGAGGAGCGGCUGUGCGCGCAGCUCGCCGACGCCGAGGUGGAGGCGUUCGAGCUCGCGCGCGCCUACCAGGCCCAGGUCCAGGCGCUCGCCGCGGAGCUCGCCGCCGUGCGCGGGGCCCGCGCGGACAGAUAG